AUGGAGGAGUUUGGGAAAUGUGAAGCAAUGGAAUGUUUCUGGAUUUUAGCUUUAUUUGUCCUGUUACUUGUGGCCGAUGUCAAAUCUUCAGCAGAUUCUCAGCUAUGUGAACCUUGUGGACCCCAAGGACCUCCAGGACCCAGGGGUCCUCCAGGGCUACUUGGUUUAGCAGGACCCCCAGGUGUAACAGGACCAAGUGGUAUACCUGGGGUGCCUGGAGCAGUUGAGAAAUGCCCAUGUCUACCUCAAUCUGCCUUUUCCGUCAAGCUGAGUGGGCAUCUCCCAGGACCCUCCCAGACCAUUGUCUUCCAGGAAGUUCUGUACAACCGUGAGGGCCACUUUGACCUGGCCACUGGAGUGUUCACCUGCAGCGUUCCUGGUGUGUACCACUUUGGCUUUGACAUUGCAUUGUUUCAGAAUGCUGUCAAGGUGAGUCUCAUGUGGAAUGGCAUCCAGGUCUGGGACAAAUGAGCAGAGGCCAAGGACAGCCGUGAGCAAGCUUCAGGAAGUUCCAUCUUGCAGCUGGAGAAAGGGGACAGGGUCUGGCUGGAGUCUAAGCUGGACAAAGAAGAAUCUGAAAAAGGAACUACUCACACUGUGUUUUAUGGGUUUUUGCUCAGUGGAAAUUAG